GGAGUCUGCCGGCCAAUCGUAGGCGAGCCCGAGGGCGCGUGCGCGCAGCAGACGGCGCGCGCGGGCGGGGGCCGGGCGCUCCUUGGGCCCGGAUUUAUAAAGGCGAGGCCGGGGACACUGCGCGCUCUCGUCGCCUCCGCUGUCCCGGGGGCGCAAACCGAACGACCCGCCGCCGCCCGACAUGCUGAGCCGCGCUCUGCUGUGCCUGGCCCUGGCCGUGGCGGCCCGGGUGGGCGCCGACGCCCCCGAGGAGGAGGACCACGUCCUGGUGCUGCGGAAGAGCAACUUCGCGGAGGCGCUGGCGGCCCACAAGUACCUGCUCGUGGAGUUCUAUGCCCCUUGGUGUGGCCACUGCAAAGCCCUGGCCCCUGAGUAUGCCAAAGCCGCUGGGAAGCUGAAGGCAGAAGGUUCUGAGAUCAGGCUGGCAAAGGUAGACGCCACCGAAGAGUCUGACCUGGCCCAGCAGUAUGGCGUCCGUGGCUACCCCACAAUCAAGUUCUUCAAGAAUGGAGAUACGGCUUCCCCCAAAGAGUACACAGCUGGCAGAGAAGCUGACGACAUCGUCAACUGGCUGAAGAAGCGCACUGGCCCGGCCGCCACCACCCUGUCUGACGGCGCAGCUGCGGAGUCCUUCGUGGAGUCCAGCGAGGUGGCCGUCAUCGGCUUCUUCAAGGACGUGGAGUCGGACUUCGCCAAGCAGUUCUUACAGGCAGCAGAGGCCGUCGAUGACAUACCGUUUGGGAUCACGUCCAACAGUGACGUGUUCUCCAAAUACCAGCUGGACAAGGAUGGGGUUGUCCUCUUUAAGAAGUUUGACGAAGGCCGGAAUAACUUUGAGGGGGAGGUCACCAAGGAGAACCUGCUGAACUUCAUCAAGCACAACCAGCUGCCCCUGGUCAUCGAGUUCACCGAGCAGACAGCCCCGAAGAUCUUCGGAGGUGAGAUCAAGACGCACAUCCUGCUGUUCCUGCCCAAGAGCGUGUCGGACUACGACGGCAAACUGAGCAACUUCAAGAAGGCAGCCGAGGGUUUCAAGGGCAAGAUCCUGUUUAUCUUCAUCGACAGCGACCACGCCGACAACCAGCGCAUCCUCGAGUUCUUCGGCCUGAAGAAGGAAGAGUGCCCAGCCGUGCGCCUCAUCACCCUGGAGGAGGAGAUGACCAAGUACAAGCCCGAGUCGGACGAGCUCACGGCAGAGACCAUCUCGGACUUCUGCCACCGCUUCCUGGAGGGCAAGAUCAAGCCCCACCUGAUGAGCCAGGAGCUGCCCGACGACUGGGACAAGCAGCCCGUCAAGGUGCUGGUUGGGAAGAACUUUGAAGAGGUCGCCUUUGACGAGACAAAGAACGUCUUUGUGGAAUUCUAUGCCCCGUGGUGUGGUCACUGCAAGCAGUUGGCGCCCAUCUGGGACAAGCUGGGAGAGAGCUACAAGGACCACGAAAACAUCGUCAUCGCCAAGAUGGACUCGACGGCCAACGAGGUGGAGGCGGUCAAAGUGCACAGCUUCCCCACGCUGAAGUUCUUCCCUGCCAGCCCGGACAGGACGGUCAUCGACUACAGCGGGGAGCGGACGCUGGAGGGCUUCAAGAAGUUCCUGGAGAGUGGCGGCCAGGACGGGGCAGGGGACGACGACGACCUCGAGGACCUGGAAGAGGCAGAAGAGCCGGACGUGGAGGAAGACGACGACCAGAAAGCUUUGAAGGACGAGCUAUAACCGGGACACGCCUGGCUCCCCAGACACGCGCCGCGGUGGCGGCUGCUCUCCCCGCAGCGCGCGCCCCGGACGCCCACAGGCCUCACGGCAGGAGGGCGUUGUGGAAACCCAGGGACCCUUUCCGAAGAGACACUUCAUCCUGACACGCGGAAACAGACCCGUCUCCUCCUCUUGCUUUUCAAUUUUUGGAAAGGGAUUUAUCUCCAGACCAGCCCAUCUUGGUGGGCUAUUUUUUCCUUUUUUUAAAUUGUGACGUACUUUUUUGUACAUGGUUUUUGUCCAGAGCGCGCGCUGAAAUGUUUCGGAAUCUCACGCUGGUCACGGUUCCUUCCUGUUAGAGAGGUUUAUACUGUCACUUAAAGCAAGUCCAUCUGUGGGAUUCUUAGACAUUUUCCGACAUUUCUGACAUCAGGGUAUUUGUUCCACCUUGGCUAGGCCUCCUUGGAGACGCCUGUCCCAUGCAGGGAGGGACAGAGCCAGUCUGGACAUGGUCACUCUGCACCUGGUACCAGGGUGGCCAUGACUGAGCGCAGCUCUUGCACACCUGGGCUAGGUGGAGACUGGGUCCCGUCAGGGUGGCCACACUUGGAGGUGGCCGGGCGAUAGCAGGCCCUAGGGCCCGGGACAGGCCUGGCUGUUCCUCCUCGCACCAGGCUCCUCGUCCUGUCCUGGGCUCUGUGGCUGCUGGACUCUCCGGCGUGGCCCGGGGCCUGCUCCAGGCGGAACCAGGACCCCGGCCCAGGCUUGGGGCUGACACCCACGAAGGAGUUGAGUCAGACGCUGGCACUUCUUCAGGCAUUUCUGUCACAAUAUGGAAUUGGACACAUUGGCCAAAUAAAGUUGAUUUUACUGCCCGUCCUCGCA